UAUUUGUACCAGGAGCAUGAAUGUCUUUACUCCGUGAGCUCCAAGGACUAUUUAGACCGCCAGAAAAAAGCAAUGGCGCUCCAUGAUAUUCUAGCGAAGAUGCAAGAAAUUGAUGGGUGCAUAACGGUAGACUACCUUAAGAAAAAAUGGAAAAGUUUGCGAACGCAAUAUUUGCAAGAAUGUCGGUCGGUGAAGAAUUCCAAAAAAAGUGGCGCUGGUGUUGAUGAUGUCCACUGUCCGAAGCUUUGGUGCUUUGAUCAACUAAAAUUUUUACACAAUCAUGUGCAAUUCCGUCAAAGUGUUACUAAUGUCGAAGAAGGUUCUGAUGACGCUUCCAGUCCCUUAAGCACAGAAAAGGUACCAAAAAAGCCGAAAUGAUAGCUGACAGAAAAGCAAAUAAAAAUAAAUUUGAGUGGUUGGGUCGGCAAGUGACUGAGCAGAUGGAAGAGGUGGAUGAGGAGUAUCAGCCGCAAGCAGUUAUGGAGGUUCAAGGUGUUAUUAAUAAAUACUGGCAGG